AUGGUGAUCUCGGUCCCCAGCCACCGGCGCUCCAUGCGCGACGCAAUGCUCGGCGGGGGCCGCCAGCUCCACAAGCCCCUUCGCUGCGCCUUCUACGACGGGAUUCCCGGCGAAGGCCUCGCCGCCGCGCUCGCCGAGGCCACUGGGAGCGUUUCCCUCUCCCGCACCCCCGCCACCGACGGCAGCGUAAGUGGGAAGGCAGUGAGGAACGUGCUCAUCCUCAUGAGCGACACCGGCGGCGGCCACCGCGCCUCCGCCGAGGCUCUCCGCGACGCCUUCCGCCUCGAUUUCGGCGACGCCUACCAGGUGUUCGUCAGGGAUUUGGGGAAAGAGUACGGCGGCUGGCCGCUGAACGACAUGGAGCGGUCGUACAAGUUCAUGAUCCGCCAUGUCCGGCUCUGGAAGGUGGCCUUCCAUGGCACCUCCCCGCGCUGGGUUCACGGAAUGUACCUCACCGCCCUCGCCUACCUCUACGCCAACGAGGUGGUGGCCGGGAUGAUGAAGUACAAGCCGGACGUGAUCAUCAGCGUGCACCCACUCAUGCAGCACAUCCCGCUGUGGGUGCUCAAGUGGCAGAGCCUGCAGCCCAAGGUCCCGUUCUUCACCGUCAUCACCGACCUCAACACCUGCCACCCGACAUGGUUCCACCACGGCGUGACGAGGUGCUACUGCCCCUCGGCCGAGGUGGUGAAGAGGGCCCUGACCCGCGGGCUCGACCCGUCACAAAUCCGCGUGUACGGGCUGCCGAUCAGGCCAUCCUUCUGCCGCGCCGUGCUCGACAAGGAUGGGCUGAGGAAAGAACUUGGCCUGCACCCUGAACUGCCUGCUGUUCUACUGAUGGGAGGCGGUGAAGGGAUGGGCCCGGUGGAGGAGACGGCCAAGGCCCUCGGCCACGAGCUCUACGAUCACCGGAGACGCCGGCCGGUCGGGCAGGUCGUGGUCAUAUGCGGCAGGAAUCAGGCGCUGCGGUCCACCUUGCUGUCCCUGCCAUGGAAGGUCCCUGUCAAGAUUAGAGGGUUCGAGAAGCAGAUGGAGAAGUGGAUGGGCGCUUGCGACUGCAUCAUCACUAAGGAAGUAGGGAAUGUGCCUUACGUGGUCGACAACGGCGCCGGUGUGUUCUGUAAGGACGCAGGUGAAGCUGGGGCAAUGGUCAGAGACAGAAGAGGACGCAGGAGACAAUUGUAA